UUCAAUGCACAGCAGCAGCGAGCCGCGGCGGCAGCAGGCAGCCCGGGAGCUCCGGCGGCGGCCGAGCCAGCGGCGGCCCCGCUCCCUGCCCCCUGCAAACUUUGCGAGCAGCCCGCCCGGGGGGCCGGGGGCGCGCCCGGGAGGCUCGGCUUGGACCACGGCCGCGCUCUUGGCCGCCGCAGCGUCAGCCGCCGCCGUCGCUGCUACCACCUCAGCUCCGUGCCUCCCCGGGGAGCAGUCGGCGGCUCCUGCGGCCCCCAGCCCCGGCCCCUGGGCACUGCCCGGCUAGUCCCCGGGCAGGGGUAGGGGCAACAGCGGCGCGGCCAGCCCUGGGCUGCCAGAGGGUGGCCGCCACUGCCCAGGGAGGCGCGCAGAGGCUCGGAGAGCGCUCCCCGGCGGGUCCCCAACGCACUCGCCGCCGUGCCCGGGCAGCGGCCCGACCCGGCUAGCAUGGGCGGCGCAGAGUGACGCCGCCGUGCCCGCUUGGCAUCAAGGACAUUCAGCCCGCUGGGGUGGGGACGAAGGGGGGCAGCCCCGCGUCGCCGCCGCAGCCCCUGAGAGCCACCACUGCCGCUGCUUGGGCUCUGGGGCUGGGUGGAGGAAAAGGGGUGCUUGGAAUCGAUCCACAUUUUCUGACCUUUUUGUUGGACAUUACGCCCACCUUGGACGCUGCAAGAGGAGCUGUCAAGCCCGGCAGGCUCUGAUUUGGCCCCCUCCGUUUUCCUCUGCUGCUCGUGGCUUCCCCGUGCCUCGGUGGAGUAUUUGCGUUCGGGGCUGGGGCUGGAGGAGGCAGCCACACGCGCGCACACGCACACGUUCAGAGGAGGGCGAGAGGCAGCGGUACAGGCACCAUCUGCAGUGUCAAUGCGGCGCUGGGGCUGAAGGAGGGAAACGCCGCUCUUCCAGGGGAGACAGCCCUGCUGAGCCCUGGCCCUCUGGAGGGACAGUUGUGCUGGUUGCCACUGUGUUGACAGGACCUCGCUCUGAGAUGAAAGCCAUGCCCUGGAACUGGACUUGCUUGCUGUCCCACCUCCUGGUGGUGGGGAUGGGCUCCUCUACUCUGCUCUCGAGACAGCCGCUCCAGCUGGCUCAGAAGCGUUCUCUUGUCACAUUCCGAGGCGAGCCCACCGAGGGCUUCAAUCACCUCGUGGUGGAUGAGAGGACAGGGCACAUUUACCUGGGGGCUGUCAACAGGAUCUACAAGCUCUCUAGUGACCUCAAAGUCUUGGUGACUCAUCAGACAGGGCCAGACGAGGACAACCCCAAGUGUUACCCACCUCGUAUUGUUCAGACCUGCAAUGAGCCCCUGGCCAGCACCAAUAAUGUUAACAAGAUGCUGCUUAUAGACUACAAAGAAAAUAGGCUGAUUGCGUGUGGAAGCUUGUAUCAGGGUAUCUGCAAGCUCCUCAGGCUGGAGGACCUCUUCAAGUUGGGAGAGCCCUUCCACAAGAAAGAACAUUACCUCUCAGGGGUUAAUGAGAGUGGCUCUGUUUUUGGGGUGAUCGUCUCCUAUAGCAAUUUGGAUGACAAACUCUUUAUUGCCACCGCAGUGGAUGGCAAGCCUGAAUAUUUUCCUACCAUCUCCAGUAGGAAGCUGACUAAGAACUCUGAGGCAGAUGGCAUGUUUGCUUAUGUUUUCCACGAUGAGUUUGUGGCCUCUAUGAUCAAGAUCCCUUCAGACACCUUCACUGUUAUCCCUGACUUUGACAUCUACUAUGUCUAUGGCUUCAGCAGUGGCAACUUUGUCUACUUUUUGACCCUUCAGCCAGAGAUGGUGUCUCCCCCAGGCUCCACGACGAAGGAACAGGUGUACACGUCAAAGCUUGUGAGGCUCUGCAAAGAGGACACGGCCUUCAACUCCUACGUGGAGGUGCCCAUUGGCUGUGAACGCAAUGGGGUGGAAUAUCGCUUGCUACAGGCUGCCUACCUGUCUAAAGCUGGUGCUGUGCUGGGCCGGACCCUGGGAGUCCGCCCAGAUGCCGACCUCCUCUUCACUGUCUUCUCCAAGGGCCAGAAGCGGAAGAUGAAAUCUCUAGAUGAGUCUGCCCUGUGCAUCUUCAUCUUGAAACAGAUCAACGACCGCAUUAAGGAGCGCCUGCAGUCCUGUUACCGAGGCGAGGGGACGCUGGACCUGGCCUGGCUCAAGGUGAAGGACAUCCCUUGCAGCAGUGCGCUCCUAACUAUUGAUGACAACUUCUGCGGCCUGGAUAUGAAUGCCCCUCUGGGAGUCUCUGAAAUGGUGCGUGGCAUUCCAGUCUUCACAGAGGACAGGGACCGCAUGACUUCUGUCAUCGCCUACGUCUACAAGAACCACUCUCUGGCCUUCGUGGGCACCAAAAGUGGCAAGCUGAAGAAGAUCCGGGUGGAUGGGCCCAAGGGCAAUGCCCUCCAGUAUGAGACUGUGCAAGUGGUGGACCCGGGCCCAGUUCUCCGGGACAUGGCCUUUUCCAAGGACCACGAGCAACUCUACAUCAUGUCAGAAAGGCAGCUAACCAGAGUUCCUGUGGAGUCCUGCGGGCAGUAUCGGAGCUGUGGCGAGUGUCUUGGCUCAGGUGACCCCCAUUGUGGCUGGUGUGUGCUCCACAACACGUGCACCCGUAAGGAACGGUGUGAGCGCUCCAGGGAGCCCCGAAGGUUUGCCUCAGAGAUGAAGCAGUGUGUCCGGCUGACAGUCCAUCCCAACAACAUCUCUGUCUCUCAGUACAAUGUGCUGCUGGUCCUAGAGACAUACAAUGUCCCGGAGCUGUCAGCAGGUGUCAACUGCACCUUUGAGGAUCUGUCAGAGAUGGAUGGGCUGGUAAUAGGCAAUCAGAUCCAAUGCUACUCCCCUGCAGCCAAGGAGGUGCCCCGCAUCAUCACGGAAAAUGGAGACCAUCAUGUUGUCCAGCUGCAACUCAAGUCAAAGGAGACCGGCAUGACUUUUGCCAGUACCAGCUUUGUCUUCUACAACUGCAGUGUCCACAAUUCAUGUCUGUCCUGCGUGGAGAGCCCAUACCGCUGCCACUGGUGUAAAUACCGGCAUGUUUGCACCCACGACCCCAACACAUGCUCCUUCCAGGAAGGCCGGGUGAAGAUGCCAGAGGACUGCCCCCAGCUGCUGCGAGUGGACAAGAUCCUGGUACCAGUAGAGGUGAUCAAGCCCAUCACUCUGAAGGCUAAGAACCUCCCACAGCCUCAGUCUGGACAGCGAGGCUACGAGUGCAUCUUGAACAUCCAGGGCACCGAGCAGAGGGUUCCUGCCCUGCGCUUCAACAGCUCCAGUGUGCAGUGUCAGAACACCUCUUAUUCCUAUGAAGGCACGGAGAUCAACAACCUUCCAGUGGAGCUGACAGUCGUGUGGAACGGACACUUCAACAUUGACAACCCGGCUCAGAAUAAAGUUUACCUCUACAAAUGUGGGGCCAUGCGUGAGAGCUGUGGGCUUUGCCUCAAAGCCGACCCGGAUUUUGAGUGUGGCUGGUGUCAGAGCCCAGGCCAGUGCACCCUGCGCCAGCACUGUCCUGCCCAUGAGAGCCGGUGGCUGGAACUGUCAGGUGCCAACAGCAAAUGUACCAACCCUCGGAUCACAGAGAUCAUCCCAGUGACAGGCCCUCGGGAAGGGGGCACCAAGGUCACCAUCCGAGGGGAGAACCUGGGCCUGGAAUUCCGGGACAUUGCUUCACAUGUCAAGGUGGCUGGUGUGGAAUGCAGUCCCUUGGUGGAUGGCUACAUCCCGGCAGAGCAGAUCGUGUGUGAGAUGGGGGAGGCCAAACCCAGCCAGCAUGCAGGCUUCGUGGAGAUCUGUGUGGCUGUGUGUCGACCUGAGUUCAUGGCCCGCUCCUCACAGCUCUAUUACUUCAUGACUCUGACUCUCGCAGACCUGAAGCCCACUCGGGGACCCAUGUCUGGGGGCACACAGGUUACCAUCACAGGCACCAACCUGAAUGCAGGCAGCAAUGUGGUGGUGAUGUUUGGGAGCCAGCCGUGCCUCUUCCACAGGCGCUCACCAUCCUACAUUAUCUGCAACACCACCUCCUCGGAUGAGGUGUUGGACAUGAAGGUGACUGUGCAGGUGGACAGGGCCAGGAUCCGACAGGACCUGGUCUUUCAGUACGUGGAGGACCCCACCAUCGUGCGCAUUGAGCCUGAGUGGAGCAUUGUCAGUGGGAACACACCUAUUGCUGUCUGGGGAACUCACCUGGACCUCAUACAGAACCCCCAGAUCCGUGCCAAGCAUGGAGGGAAAGAACACAUCAAUAUCUGUGAGGUCCUGAAUGCUACUGAGAUGACCUGCCAGGCUCCAGCCCUUGCCCUGGGUCCUGAGCACCAGUCAGAUCUCACUGAGAGGCCUGAAGAAUUUGGUUUCAUCUUGGACAAUGUCCAGUCACUGUUAAUUCUCAACAAGACUAACUUCACCUAUUAUCCUAACCCCGUGUUUGAAGCUUUCAGUCCCUCGGGAAUCCUGGAGCUCAAGCCUGGCACCCCCAUCAUCCUAAAGGGCAAGAACCUGAUCCCACCUGUGGCUGGCGGCAACGUGAAGCUGAACUACACCGUGCUGGUUGGGGAGAAACCAUGCACCGUGACGGUGUCGGAUGUGCAGCUGCUCUGCGAGUCUCCCAACCUCAUCGGAAGGCACAAAGUGAUGGCACGGGUGGGUGGCAUGGAGUAUUCCCCUGGGAUGGUGUACAUUGCCCCAGACAGCCCACUCAGCCUGCCCGCCAUCGUCAGCAUCGCAGUGGCUGGUGGGCUCCUCAUCAUCUUCAUUGUGGCAGUGCUCAUCGCCUACAAACGCAAGUCCCGAGAAAGUGACCUCACGUUGAAGCGGCUGCAGAUGCAGAUGGACAACCUUGAGUCUCGUGUGGCCCUGGAGUGCAAGGAAGCUUUUGCAGAGCUACAGACAGAUAUCCAUGAGCUCACCAGUGACCUGGAUGGAGCUGGCAUUCCUUUCCUGGACUACAGGACCUACACCAUGAGGGUGCUGUUCCCAGGGAUUGAAGACCAUCCUGUGUUACGGGACCUGGAGGUCCCAGGCUACCGGCAGGAGCGUGUGGAGAAAGGCCUGAAGCUCUUUGCCCAGCUCAUCAACAACAAGGUGUUCCUGUUGUCUUUCAUCCGCACCCUUGAGUCUCAGCGCAGCUUUUCCAUGCGCGACCGAGGUAACGUGGCCUCUCUCAUCAUGACGGUACUUCAGAGCAAGCUAGAGUAUGCCACAGAUGUGCUGAAGCAACUACUGGCUGAUCUCAUUGAUAAGAACCUGGAGAGCAAGAACCAUCCCAAGUUGCUGCUCAGGAGGACAGAGUCGGUGGCUGAGAAGAUGCUGACCAAUUGGUUCACUUUUCUCCUCUACAAGUUCCUCAAGGAGUGCGCCGGGGAGCCCCUCUUCUCCCUGUUCUGUGCCAUCAAGCAGCAGAUGGAGAAGGGCCCCAUCGACGCCAUCACAGGAGAGGCCCGCUACUCCCUGAGUGAGGACAAGCUCAUCCGGCAGCAGAUCGAAUACAAGACCCUGGUCCUGAGCUGUGUCAGCCCAGAUAAUGCCAACAGCCCAGAGGUCCCAGUGAAGAUCCUCAACUGUGACACCAUCACUCAGGUCAAAGAGAAGAUCCUGGAUGCCAUCUUCAAGAAUGUGCCAUGCUCCCACCGGCCCAAGGCUGCAGACAUGGACCUGGAGUGGCGACAGGGAAGUGGAGCAAGGAUGAUCCUACAGGAUGAAGACAUCACUACCAAGAUUGAGAAUGACUGGAAGAGACUCAACACCGUGGCCCACUACCAGGUGCCGGAUGGUUCCGUGGUGGCUUUAGUGUCUAAGCAAGUGACAGCCUAUAAUGCAGUGAACAACUCCACAGUGUCCAGGACUUCAGCGAGUAAAUAUGAGAACAUGAUCCGGUACACAGGCAGCCCUGACAGCCUCCGUUCCCGAACACCCAUGAUCACCCCUGACCUGGAGAGUGGAGUCAAGCUGUGGCAUCUGGUGAAGAACCAUGAGCACGGAGACCAGAAGGAGGGGGACCGGGGGAGCAAGAUGGUGUCCGAAAUCUAUCUGACACGGCUGUUGGCCACAAAGGGCACGCUGCAGAAGUUUGUGGACGACCUGUUCGAGACCAUCUUCAGUACAGCCCACCGCGGUUCUGCUCUGCCUCUAGCCAUCAAGUACAUGUUUGACUUCCUUGAUGAGCAGGCUGAUAAGCAUGGUAUCCAUGACCCGCACGUCCGCCAUACCUGGAAAAGCAACUGCCUGCCCCUGCGGUUUUGGGUGAACAUGAUCAAGAACCCUCAGUUUGUGUUUGACAUCCACAAGAACAGCAUCACGGAUGCCUGUCUCUCUGUGGUGGCCCAGACCUUCAUGGACUCCUGCUCCACAUCGGAGCACCGGCUGGGCAAGGACUCCCCCUCCAACAAGCUGCUGUAUGCCAAGGAUAUUCCCAGCUACAAGAACUGGGUGGAGAGAUAUUACUCAGACAUCGGGAAGAUGCCAGCGAUCAGCGACCAGGACAUGAACGCAUACCUGGCCGAGCAGUCACGGAUGCACAUGAAUGAAUUCAACACGAUGAGUGCACUCUCAGAGAUCUUCUCCUACGUGGGCAAAUACAGUGAGGAGAUCCUUGGACCCCUGGACCAUGAUGACCAAUGUGGAAAGCAGAAACUGGCUUACAAACUAGAACAAGUCAUAACCCUCAUGAGCUUAGACAGCUGAGAACUGUCCUUCCAGGGCCAUCCUGGAGGGAGGGACACACCAAGCCGUGCCUCAGUCUAGAUUAUCAUCUUUACCAAGUGCAAGUUCCGACAGGCAUCAGCAGCAGCAAUCCCCCCCAGCAGCGCCGCCGUCUCUCCUUCCGUUUUUCUCUCUCUCUUCUGUCUCUCCCUCUUUCCGGAGUCCCAUCUCUCUCAGUUGCUCUGUCAGUGUGACUGGACCACAACACUGACCCUCAGUCAGUCCAGGGAUGGCCAGACCCAUGGUGAGAGAUCUGACCAGAAGAUGUCAGAGUGAGGCUCUCCCUCCCAGCUGCUCCUGGCUCCGUGCAUCAGCAGCAGGCCUCAAAUAAGGACGAGGAGCUGAGGACGGAGAACACUCCUAUGCUGCUACUUCACCUUCUGCGUUGAAAAUCCCAACUGUGGUCCAAAACCUGGCUUCAGGAAGCAACUGUGAGCUCAGUAUUAUCUGAAGUAGGAGACAUCACUUGGAUCUCCCUUUCCACACCCUUAACAAGGGACCAGGUAGUGGCCUGGGUGCUUUGUAACUGUGAGAAUAAAAAAGGUCUUGCCUCCUUCAAAUGUAGAAGUGAGGACCAGUGGAAGUUUAAAGAUGCUCUCUCAGGGGCCACUGCCUACACGUUUGAUGUCCAGCAGCCUUCCAUCCCCUUCCAAUAGCCUUCCAAGUAUCCAUACAGAUCUUUCUCCCCUGCCUGUGAAAAGUCAGGACAGGAGAAAGCUAACGGUUACAUUCCACCAUGGAUAUUCUCCUACAUCAUCUAAUCUGGUUCCUAAUAGCAGAAAUGUAACAUGGAGAGAGAGAGAGAGAGAGAGAGAGAGAGAGAGAGAGAGAGAGAGAGAGAGAGAGAGAGAGAGAAUCAUCUAUGCCAGAAGCAACAUUUAUUGUUCUCUAUUCACCCCCAAGUUCAAAUGCAUCCUGACCAUAGUCAGAGGUCCAUGGCCAGAGCCUCGUACGUUGUCUAUAGAAGGCAACUCCAUUCUCCUUUGCCACCAUCAUCAAAGGUCGCAGUGAAAUGCAGACUGGAUCUAGGAGAUUCUACCUCCAGCCAUCUCCAAGGCUCCAUCCCCACUGUCUUUGAGAACACCAUAGAAGGCCAGGGCAAACAGCCCAGUCCCCGUCCUCCUGCAGAAUCUGGUGCCAUUGCUAUGCAGAUGACUUUGUCACUGGACUGUCCAGACCUCUGUGGGAUUGUUUCAUCAACAUAUCAGCUGUCUCUUCCAUGGUCCUUCUUCUCCAUCCCUUCUGAAGUCAUCAUUGGAGGAAACACACUUAAGCACAGCCUCACCAAGACAGAACAAGACGCCAGCCAGCCUCAGUCACCAGCUUACGCCUGGAAGGGACUGGAGAGCCAAGUGAGGAAUCUGGAUGGAUACGGAAAAAAGUGCAUCCCACUGUCCACGGCCUUGGCAUUUAUCUUUCCAUCGUGUUUUUCCAUCCGCGGAGAUAUGCCAUUUUGUGUUAGCCACUCAGGCAAAUGUGUGCUCAGAAAUGUAACAAGUGGUUAUGACAAGAGGUGGUCGUCUCGUGGGUCUUGGGACCCCACAAUCUCGAAGGGAUCUUGGAUAGUGAAUGGCCCAGUCUCUGCUGUGAGCGGGAAUCUCUUUUGGCAGCUCAGGUUUGUUGUCCAUCACUCAUGGAGCCCAGAGAGGCACUGGAGAAGGUGGUGUUAAUAGCAUCCCACAGUCGUGUCUUCCUUCGUGUCCCAUGCAUCACGGGUCAUUUCUUCCCAUAACCUAAAAUGAGCCUCACACGGAGAAGGAGCUCCAUACUUUUCAAGCCAAGUUUAUGUGUCACCCUGCACCUUUAAGGACAUGAGCCUCUUUGCAUAUGGGAGAGCAGGGUUGAGGGAGGCACCUGGGAAUCUGCAGAACGCUCAGAAAGGUUUCUUGUCCCGUCUAAGAGGACGUUGAGAUGGUCUCCUUCUCUGUCCCCUGGCUCGUCCGUCCAUCCUUCAGUGUCGGUAUGCGUCACUGAGUGUCAGUGUGUGUGUGGUAAGGGCAUUCUUCUGUCCAUAGGAAAUCAGAGUGUCACCUGCCAAGGCUGAACUUUGGCAACCCGGAGCGGGCAGUACCACGUAGCAUUGCUGGGGACAAACAUGGCAAAGACACAGCAAUGGAGACAAAGGGAAGAGAAGCCUGGGGAAAAGAUGCCCUGGAAGAGGGGAGGGGCGGCGAAAAGGAAAACAAAACAACACAGGUUUGACAGAUCAAGUCCCAGGUGGAGACGUGGAGUUUCUAUCACUGGUUAUUGGUUUUCUUCCAUGAAGCUGCAGGACCCGGCAGGCUUCAGGGUGCACGUGGGGGUCAGGCCGAGGGAGCACCUCAGCUGAGAAAGUAUUUUUUGCACAUAUGAAGGGUUGUGAAAGGAGAGAGAGACACGAACAUAUUUAACACAGAUUUGCGGGAUAGAAGAGGUGUUUGUGUGUGUGUGUGUGUGUGUGUGUGUGUGUGUGUGUGUGUGUGUGUGCAUGGAUGAGUGUGCUCUGAUUUUUAAGUUUUGCACAGUUAGAGAAAAAUGAGACUUUUACCAUGGCUUUGCUGACUUUUUUUUCCUGGAUAAUUUUACUGUUGUUAUUAUUUUGUCGGUACAGAUUCUUUUUCCUUGCAUUUGUUAACAAGCAAAACUUCAAACACCUCAGAGAAAUAUACAUAUCAGGAAGAAAGAAGCAAGGACAGUCUCGCCUGGGUUUCCUGGGUCUCCUCGUUUCUCUUGAGGAGGGCUUUAGGCAGAUGAUUUUACUUUAAUUGGGUUCUCUCUGGCACUUCAUAGGCAGUCCCUGUGGCCUGCUUAGGGACACAGAAAUUGACGCCCAUCUUGCCUGUAAAAACCUUCCCUUUUGCUGUUUGUGUGUGUGUUUCUUUUUGUUUUCCAUUUGAUUUUUUUUUAUUAUUGCAAGUGUGAUACAUUUAAAAGCAAGCCUAGGCAACGUUGUCCGAAAUCUGUCAUAUCCUCCCAGAUUAUUCCUUCCAAACCCCCUUGGGAUUUUCUAGUUCCUCUUAGCAGCUAGGAGACCCUAAUGGUCUGUGAGCUUCCAGAAAACUAAGUCAGAGAAACUAGGACAUACGACAAAGUAGUGCCUCGCCCUCUCUCCGGUUCACUUGCAGGGUGUUCCAGAUCUGUUGAAGGUGGAACCGUUAUUUAUCUCUUGGAGUUUGUUCAGAGGGAAUGUGUGUGGGAGUAGGUAUUCUCUCUCACAUCCCCUUCACCUCACCUCUGCAUCCUCCUGCUCCCUUCCCCUUCACCUCACGCCUGCAUCCUGCUCCUGACACUACUGGUCAAAACGGUACUGAUUGCACACAAUGAAUGUCCAAGUGAAGAUUUGAAUCUUAAAGGGAGAGGACCAGCAGGGAGCUUGAUGGGGUCCUGAACAUAAAAGAAAGGAUAAAAGAGACCUAGGUCGGUUACUUCUCUGUGGCAUAUAUCUCUGUAGGUGUGGGCGUGGUCUGGUUCUGUCUUUAUCCUGCCCUGUAAGGAGACGCUGUGAUGUUUCUUAGUGCCAUGAAGUCAUUAGCUUCUGUGUCAGCUACUUCCUCAGGAAAAUACUUUCUUGCCUUUUUCUUUCAAUGCAGUUUUAAAAAUGGGGACAGAAGAUAAGCAGAGAAUCCCCCAGACCAAGGUACUUUGCAACCCUGUGCAACAUGCAUGGCCAGAACCAGCCACUGGAGCCUCCACGUUGGGAGUCCAUAGCCCUGGAGCGAGCUCAGGGUGGGUGCCUGAGUGGGGCCACGUUUGGAAAGAGAAAUAAUUUGUAACGAAUCCUGCAGCUCAAGGCAGAGUAUCCAGGACAAUACCAAGGAAGCAGGAGUUUCUGUGAUCGUGGGCUCAGGUCCUGCUUCUACUGGGUUAAUGUUGAUAUAAUACCUAUCAUGUCCACACAUCCAUCACCCCAACAUUCCAUCCUGGAGGUCCAUGGUGCUCAUGUACCACCCCAUACCCACACCCCAAUGUGCAUGUCUGUCUCCCGACUGUGCCCCACUCUGGCAGCUAGCUUCCUCCCUGUUCCUCCUUGAACCUCCUAUACAAGGAGCCUCCCCAAGGUCAAGUACUGAUUCCGAUACAGGAGUUAGUCAGUUCUUCAUUCCAUUAGAAGUGAGUGCUGUCCCAUCCUAGCUUUGGCUGCUUCCCCUGAGUGAUAGGAUCUCCCUCCUCCAAUCAAAGCCCUGUGGGUUCUCCAUUAGAGGAGCCACAAUAAACGGCAUCCCAAAUGAUCUAUGAGACGCAAGCCCUGCCAUACUUUCUAGGGGCCUGAAUGAUGCUACUGUGGUUCAUCCUGGCCUAAGCACCUCCCACUUUGACAUAAAUAGGAGAGCCUCCUUUCUGGCUUCUAUCCUAGGAGACUCUGCCUUUGGCUUCACUAGACAUCAAGUAACUGCUCCAUCCUGAGGAAGGCCAAUGACCCAUAAUCAGGAAUCAAUUUUCCCUCUUCUCACAGACAUGGGGAGGUUCUCAGCUGGUAGGAGACUCAGGUACUUAGUGUGUGUUCCUUCCAAGGGCAGCACUGAGUGACAGUUCUAGCAAGCUCCUAAAGGGAGCGUUGGGUCCAGGGGCAUUUCAGUGAGUGAACCAAGGUGACCCUGUCCAGGCUUUUCUCUGGCCUUUCCUCCAUCUUUCUCAGCCACAUCAAGGACCUCCACCCAUCCUUUCAGGACUAGUGUACCCAGACCAUACAGCCCUUCCCUUUGGAAAAAAAGACAUGGCAUAUUUGAUUGGGUUUUUGUAGUUCGCUGGUUUUUUGGCCUCUUCUCUUAAGAAUUUGAAAGUCAUGAGGGAGCCUGGCUGUGGGAAUAGAAUGACUGAGAGGAAGAGUUAAACAGAAUUCUUAAAUUCUUCCAGUGACUUCUAAGCAGAUGAGGCGAGUUUAAAGAUGGGAGUGAGAACGCCUCCCCAUUAGUAAAAGCAGAGGGUCCAGAAAUUCCCCCAUGUGAACUGUGAGCAUGCCAGUGGAGGGGAGAAGCAUCCUUGUGGCUGAUAAUACCCUCAAGCUUCCCCUGCCCUUUUGACAGACAGAGCCCUCUCCUCCCAUCUCUGACAGAUUUACCCCAGGCAUCCUGCAUGAACCUGACUCAAGCUUCAUUCUCAUCAGUGGGCAAGCUUCAUUCCCAUCAGUGGGCAGUUGGGGUACCAUUCCAGGUGAUGGUAGAGGGGCAACUCCCAGAAGAGGCUGGGGCCUUGUAUGCUUCUCCUGGUGCUCUGAAGGGGCCGCACCAUUCCUCCCAUUUAGAAAGCAACCACUGCAGGAAAUGAUUUAAAUAUUAGGAGAGACUUUUUGUUUUACUACAAAUCAUUGCUCUUCAGUAAUAUUGCUUUUAAUUACAGGGAGCAUUCAAGUUUAAAAAAAUUUAGGUCUUUUCAUUAUAAAGACAGAACAUCUUCAUUAGUGUCCCGUUGGAAUCCUUUGAGUAGACUGACGGCUAUCAGAAAGCUGAGCAGAACAAACAGUUCCCGAGGAGUGAAGAGAACAUUGUGUCCUAGGUCCUGGAAGAGAUGGCGAGGGCUCUAAGUGGUGGGGUUUGGUUGGGGAGUCUCCAUAUCCCUCCUCUCUCUUCCCUCCUCCUUCCUCCUUGGGCUCCUAUCUAAUCCUGGCUCUCUGGGCUGACUCUGGAAUCGGUGAAUCCUUCAUAUUGUUUCUCAGCUUCCUUCAAACUGCACUGAAGCUCAGUUUGGGGGGACCCAAACUCUCCCUCCCCAGUGACACAAAAGCAGGUGGACAGCUAAUCAGCCAGUUUCUGCCCGUUUCUUUUGUUUGUAUCUUUAAACUUAAGACUCAAGCACAUAUCGGAAAGGGCUCCCUUAUGAGAGUAGAGUUCAAAGUGGCAGAGGGUACGGUUCGACAGCACCCCCAAAGACACUCUGAAGCAGAGAAUCUUUCAGCAAACAGGACUGAGGAAUGUCCCUGUGCAGAGAUCAGCUCCAUUUGAGCAAGAGGCGAAGAUGGGCUAUGUGCCUGCAUCUACCCUCCUGCCCCUCCCCUGGCGUUCCUAUCAGUUGGUUGGCUUAUGAAACCUUCCGUUCUUUAAAAAUAAAAGCUAGUUUACCUCAAAGAAUCAUGUUUCCAUUUGGAAACCUGUGACAUGGCUUGAGAAUAGAUGGCCCUGCCCACAGCCCUCCCUUCCUGAGCCUAGUGUCCUUGAGACUCAUGGUCUUAGCUUAGUCUGAGGAUGGCUGCUCUGAGGAGGAGCCAGGUCCUCAGGCCUGAGAUGGGGAAGAAGGUUGGAUGCAGCCUUCCUCCCCAGCUAACAUGUAGGGAACAGCCUCUGUCUCUUCCAGCAGGGUCCUGUCAAGUUACCAUAGCAACCAGCAACUCCAGGUACCACAAAAGACAAUGGCUCUAAGAACUGAGGUGUGGGAGAGAGCAGGGAUUCUGGCCUGGUCAGAGUACCCAGGAUUAAGCCCCAAAUGCUAGGAGGGCCAAGGAGGAGGAGAAAUAGAAAUGGGCGCGUGAGUGGGUUAAGCCGCUGCAGAGGCCUUGUGAGUCUGAGCGAGAGGCCGCUGAAAGAGGCAGGACAGAUCAUCUCUGUUCUCUUCACCACUCACCCCUUUCCAGCAUCAUGCCCCACUUCUACUCCAGAACUCUCCCCUUGAGUACCGACCUUCGAAAGAAGGAAGCAAAAAUAUACCUUUGGACAACAGUGUUACCCUGAGCCUCAAGGAUAGGUGGAUGGGGUCUCUGAAAAAAAAAAAAGAGGGUCUUCUGGUUUUGAUUUUUAAAGAAGAGUAUCCUAGUAAGAUUAAAAAAAAGAUUUAAAAAAGUUUUUAAAAGAAAACCUAUGCUAUUUAAAUUGGAGCCCAGUUGUAACUUGGUAAAGGCAAGCUUCUGUACCUUUGUUAUAAUUAAUUGUAUACCUGUGUAUGUAAAUAUAAGGCAUUCCUAUUUUGCAGUUCAGAACAAAAAAACUAUUUGUAAUAUAGAAUAAAGUUUAUUAAAAAAUAAUAAAAAUGCAGUUUGA